CUAUGAAUGAAAUGGUUAUUAUAUAUAGAUAUGAAGAAAUAUAAAAAUUAAAUAAAAAAGAAAUGGCUAUGACUCGGUAAAAUAACGAAUAAGAUAGUAAUCCAGAAAGCGAAAGCCGGCGACCGGCGUGUUUUGUGAGAAGACAGGGAGAGAGAGAGAUGACGAAAGCGCGUUUGAACUCAACCCAGCAAGAUUUUCCCGGAAAAUCUCAGAUUUUUCAACGUUUUGAUCAGGAAUCAGAUCGACCCGCGUUUCCGAUUUGUCGAUUCCGAGCCAGUUGUUGCUGUCGCCGCCAUGGGUGAUUUAGUCAAGCAAAUCUUGGCUCGGCCGAUUCAAUUGGCGGACCAGGUGGUGAAAACCGCCGACGAAGCGACCAUCAACAAGCAAGAAUGCUCCGAGCUCAAGUCGAAGACGGAGAAGCUGUCGACUCUGCUCCGUCAGGCGGCGCGUGCGAGCUCCGAUCUCUACGAGCGUCCCACGCGCCGAAUCAUCGACGACAUAGAGCAGGUCCUCGAGAAGGCGCUGUCGAUGGUCAAUCGGUCCCGCGACGAUGGCUUCAUCAUGCGUCUCUUCAACAUUAUCCCCGCCUCUGCGUUCCGGAAGAUGUCGGCGCAGCUCUCGAACUCCGCCGGCGACGUCUCCUGGCUCCUCCGCGUCUCCGCUCCCGCCGGAGAGCUCGGCGACGGCGAUUCCUACCUGGGUCUACCUCCGAUCGCCGCGAACGAGCCCAUACUCUGUCUCAUUUGGGAGCAGAUCGCGAUCCUCAUGACCGGUUCACCGGAAGACCGGUCCGACGCCGCCGCUUCGCUCGCUUCUCUCGCCCGCGACAACGACCGAUACGGCAGACUCAUCAUCGAGGAAGGCGGAGUCAACCCUCUUCUCAGAUUGUUGAAGGAAGGUAAGAUCGAGGGGCAGGAGAAUGCAGCUCGGGCAAUCGGACUGUUGGGUCGGGAUUCCGACAGCGUGGAGCAGAUGGUCCAUUUGGGUGUCUGCCAAGUGCUUGCGAAUAUUCUCAAGGAAGGUUCGAUGAAGGUUCAAGCCGUAGUGGCAUGGGCCGUGUCGGAACUCGCUGGAAAUCAUCCGAAAUGUCAGGAGAUCUUCGCACAGCACAAUGUGGUCCGGCUACUCGUGAGCCACUUGGCUUUCGAGACAGUCCAAGAACACAGCAAGUACGCUGUCGUGGCGGGAAGAGCGACCUCGAUGCACCACGCCAUUGUAAUGGCGAGCAAAACCAGCAAGAUGAACAGCCAGAGUCACGAUCUGUUGAUGCGAAUCAAUGAGGAUGAUGAUCACAGCCCGAUCUCUCGUCCGAUCCCGAAUCAGAUGCAUGAUGUGGUCACGACCACGAUGGCGAUGAAAUCUGCAGGAUCUAACCUCACUCUCACCGCACCAGAGAAGCCAGAGAAGAGCAACAGCAUCAAUGCCGAGAACGGGAUGAAGACCUAUUACAAGUUCCUGCAAUCGCGGAACGCGUCUGCAACGAGAGGGAGAGAGCUCGAAGAUCCAGUGACGAAGUCCCACAUGAAGGCAAUGGCGGCGAGAGCGUUAUGGAAACUCGCCUCGGCCAACGCCUCCAUCUGCCACGUCAUCACCGAGUCGCGAGCCUUGCUCUGCUUCGCCGUUCUUCUGGAGAAAGGCGACCAAGAAACCAAGUACAACUCGGCCAUGGCUGUAAUGGAGAUCACGGCGGUUGCAGAGCAAAACGCCGAUCUGAGACGCUCGGCUUUCCGACGGACCUCACCGGCGUGCAAGGCGGUAGUCGACCAGCUCUUCUGGAUCGUUGACACCGCCGACUCGGAAUCUGAGCUACUCAUCCCCUGCAUCAAGUCAUUCGGAAAUCUCGCUCGGACAUUCAAAUCGGCGGAGACCCAGAUGAUUAUUCCGCUCGUGAAGCUCCUGGACGGAGACAGGGAGCCAGAUGUAGCAGCGGAAGCGGCGAUCGCGCUGACGAAAUUCGUGUCGGAGGAUAACUUUUUGUGCAAGGAACAUUCGAGGACGAUCAUCGGUGCAGGAGUAGGGAAGCAUCUGGUUCAGCUGGCGUAUCUAGGGGAAGGAGCUCAGAUUCCGGCGCUGGUUCUGCUGAGCUACGUGGCCAUGAACGCUCCCGACAGCGAAGAGCUGGCAAAGGACGAGGUUUUGACGGUGCUGGAAUGGGCGUCGAAGCAAUCCGACGUUACGGAAGACGAUGAUGUCGAGAGCUUGUUGUCGGAAGCCAAGAGCAGGCUCGAGCUUUAUCAGUCCAGAUGAUCUUUCUUCACUGAUCAUAUUCUUUUCUCUCCUCUUUUUUUUUUUUUGGGGAAUUUGUCUGAUGAUGAGUUAUUUUGUUUCUGUGUAGUUUUUUCGUGUA